AGCUUCUCCCGCAACUUUGCAUCUGCAAACUCAUCUCAAAUCCCCGGACUCAAGCAUGGCCCUAAUGGCACAACGUUUAUUUCAUCUGGGAUACCAUACCUUGAUAGAAUCGGACAUGCUUUCCUUUGUUAGAUCUCUAAAAGGCAUGGUUAGAUCUUCAAAUGCAGUUGCUGUUGUGACAUCUCCACCUAAUCUUCUUUCACCAUCCUCCUGUAAAAGAUGGCAGCAGCACAUGGCGGACACCUUGCUGUUCCAGACGAGGACAAGGAAUUGGAAAAACUCCUUACUGGUUACCAGGGCAUGUUUGGCCUUCUGAAUGUGCAGAAAGUAGCACGUCUUAAUACACAGGUUCCUGUGAUUCUUGAGGCAACAACCUUGUCAAUAAAGUUGAAAAAGCGGAGGUUUAUGGUUUUAGAAUGUCUAAACCAAGCCCCUAUUGAUGGCUGAAGCGGGAGUUCAUAUGGCACUACCGGUAGUUGUUCUGUGUCCUCUAAAAGUGGGACUCUUGAUUUUUAGCUCCCAACUUUGUAUACAUUUUGGAAAUGUCAUUGAUAAGAAAUUCAGUUUGUCAUCAACCAUGAUUGCUAAAAAAACCCCGAAGAGCCAGGAGUUUCAUGCAGGGCUGCUCUUGUGUAUUCUCAGCAAUU